CAGUGCUGUUGUUAGCACGUCGCAGUUACUGCCAGAAUGCCAGUGGUAACGCUGUGUGGGUUGUUUUAGUUGAUGACAUAUAGACCUCGAAGCAGGUACAACGUACUCGAAACAAUUGUUCUCGUUUGACUCAACUUGUAUUUAAGCCAUAUUUUUGGAGAAAUCUUCAAAGUGACAGAACUCAUUCAUCAUGUCACAGCCAGUGCAACAAGUUGUUGGGGGUCAAGUUGUUCAAGGACAAAUGGUUCAGGUUCAGGGUCAAGUGGUUUCUGGAACCCAGGUUGUGAACAGUGCAGGUCAAGUAGUAAUGUCAACAACUGCUGGAUUAACUGGAAUUAGUGGACAGCAGAUAAUGACACAUUUAGUUCCAAGCCAGGCACAGGUGGUGCAUCAAGCUACCACUCCUGUUGGUGUUACAACCACAUUAGCGUCAGCACUCCCUCAGACACAACAGGUUGUAAGUGGGCAGAGUGUAGGAGUCCAGCAAGUCCAGCAAGUCCAGCAAGUCCAGCAAGUUGUACAAGGACAACAGAUUCAGGCUGUUAGCAAUCAUGUGGGGCAAACAAAUAUGGUGGCAGCUGCUACAACUACUCAAGUGAAAACUCCUGUACAAAACCAGUCUGUUCCAGCACCUGAUACAUCUAUAAACACUUCAACUGAUACACCACCUGUUUUGAGCAAGCAAAGAAUUACAGAACUUGUGCGCGAAGUUGAUCCCAAUGAGCAGUUGGAAGAAGAAGUAGAAGACAUGCUUCUUUCAAUAGCAGAUGAUUUCAUAGAGUCCACUGUCAAUGCAGCUUGCCGAUUAGCACAACACAGAGGUGCAAGAUCUUUAGAUGUCAAAGAUGUCCAAAUGUAUUUAGAACGUAAUUGGCAUAUGUGGAUUCCUGGCUUUGGUACAGAUGAACUUCGUCCAUACAAGAGAGCUCCAACAACAGAAGCACAUAAGCAGAGACUAGCACUAAUAAGGAAAGCGAUUAAAAAAUAUUGAAUUUAUAGAUAUUAUUUCUUUAUGUUUCUGUAAAUAUAAAGCUGAAGAGAAAAAUGAAGAGGUGCCCAAAUUGUGUAAAGAUAGAUUAAGGUAAAGGUACUAUAACUGACUUGUUUGUUUUGUAAAAGAAAAGUAAGUGUUGGUGUAGAAAUGUAGUUUGAAAGCAGAAUUUGCUGUUAAUAGUGAAAAUUUAAUGAAUCACAAUAGGAAGACUAUAAAAAGAAAUCUUCAUACCUCACAAGAAUGGCAAUUGGAGAAAAUCAAAGUGUCUUGUUUUGAUGUGCUUUAUGAAACUUACUACGUAUACUGUUCUGUUGGUUAGAAGGGUGUCCAUAUAAGUUUCAGAAACUUUUUAGCAAUUUUAUUUGGUCUCAUCAAGGUUGGGGAUAUAUAUUGAUAAAGAUCAAAGUGGAGAUGAAAAUGUAGAUGCUGCAGGCAAGCAAUCAUAUUAGAGUUGAAGGUGCUCAAAAGCCGUAAUAUUUACAGUACAUUAUAAUUUUUGAACAAGUGUCAAGUGUCUUGUGAGGAAAUAUGCUGAAAGGCUAGUCUGUGUUUUUGUUUAUUAGAAAAGUAAUAAAGCUGAAACAUGUUCAGAUAUAUUUUGUUGUUCAAAGUUUCAGUUAUGUGGAAUGUUCUGAGGUGUGAUUUGUUGAAAUCUCGACCUCUCCUUGUAAUGGGUACAUCUUUAUAAAAGUGGCUCACAUAACUGACAAAAUUAUUUUGUUUAAAGGUAGUGAAUUAGGUUUCUUACAUUGAAUUUAACUCUGCUUUCUUUGUUGUAGCAAUACUAAUAAAUGUAAUGUUGUAUUGUUAUGAAUGAAAAAAAAAACAAGGUUUUCAGUGUUGUUAUUUUGGCAAUUCCAGUUCUAAGGAAGAAGGUAAUUUAUGUAGAUAUAUAGGUUUUAAUUGAAGGGAUAAUAACUAUGUACAAACUAAUUUGUAAUUUAAUUAACAAGCAAAAUUCUGGGAUUUCAGAAGAGAUUUGCUAGGUAACAUCAGUGUCUGCUUUUAAAUAAGUCUGCAUGAGACUUGGGUACCUGGAGUACUUCUAACACUGCAUUGUGUUCUUAAAGUCAUUGGUCUGCAUGGCUCCAAAAGCCCCCAAACUCCUCCAGGUCAUCCUUAAUAUCUCAGAACAAAGCACCAAACCACAAUUUCCUUCAUGACCUUUGUAUCAUGAAUAUUGCACCAUCUUUUAAAAUCACCACUGGGUGUAGAGAACAGAAAGGCAGGAGUGUAACAGUUACUUUGCAAAGUAUGCAUGGUAGCUGCACUUAGGUUUUUGGAUUAUCCAUGGGCUCGAUUAAAAAUGUCACUUAUGGGGACAAGUAAAUGGAAAAUAUAUUGCAGUUUAGUAGCCUACUCACCAGAAAAUGACCCUUAUGGUUGUUUAGUAGGGAAUAGCCUUCAAUUUUGGAGAGAGAGAGAGACCUGCCAUCUCUAGGUGAGCUUUUUCCUGGCACAACUGAUAGUUGGCAAAUACUUGUGUUUAUCUAUACAUUUCUUUGUUAUAUGGACACCUGACUGGGAUCUUCAUUUCCUACUAAUAACAAUUUUCAGCUUGUUUGCAUUGAGCAUUCCUGAGAUGGAUUUCCCUUGGGUUGUUGUUCCAUGAACCACAGAGGCAACACCUUGUCUUGCUGUUGAAUACACCUUCUUCACCCCUUUCCAUUUGGUUGAGGUUGAUAUUUCUUAGUCUGUGAAUUAAAAGAGUUCUUUCUCUUGUUUCUUUAUCUCUUGAAAUGUGGAAUAGCUGAUUUCAGUCUUCCAAUACCAUUAUUUGCUUCCUAGCAACACCAGCUUCUGCUUUUUUUGCAACAAUUCUGUCCUAAGGACAGGUAUUAUUGUAUCCUAUAAGGGCACUUGAACAUGUUCUAGGGAAACUUUUUUUUUUUUUUUUUUAUUAGAAGCCAUUUUAGGAAAUGAGAAAAACACUGACUUUGCAAUAUGAACAGAUAAAUUUUGCUGGCAACUUGGAGCUGACGUUUUGAAAAACUGUGAAUAGCAGUACAAUAUUGAACUAUGCUGUACAGUCCAUUUUCAAGCUUGGCAUUACUGCAUAUUCCAGUCACACAAGACAAAAGCUAGCCGUCAAACUUCAUAACGGUGAUAAAUCUGUUUCAUCUCUCUGAGAGAUUCAAGAAACUACCUAAUGAUCCUCAUGGAGGAACUAAAUAUUUAUAUUGUGAAGACUAGUUGGUUACCUCUCCGAAGCUAAACAGAAACAUACAAGCAGAAGAAGGCUGAAGUUUGUGUCUGGAUUUGUGAUGGUUCACCAUAACAUGGUGGGGUUGUUAAAACAGAUUGCUCAUCAAAAUUUCCUAACAAGUAGCAUCUGAAGGCAGUUUAUAGAUCUUAGGUCAUAAAUUAGCCAUUUGUAAAUUAUUCUUUUGUUUAAGAAUUGGGUAGAUUAAGUUUUAGUUGUACUGAUACCUACGUUUGUGUGACAGGUUUUUUUUUGGCCAGGCCUAGCCUUGAUAGACAAAGGUUUUAUGAAAAUUUCUUUAGUUAAAGUGAAAUACAAAUAAAUGGUGAAAUGGCCAUAGUGCUUUAUCCAUUUUUUUUUAUUUUGCAGAAGAUACAGUUUUGUAUUUUACUUGUGAAUAUUUUUUAGCUAAAGAUAAAUUUCAUUUAAUUUUUAUGGUUAUUGUAAAAUUGGAAAGUUUACUGAAAUUACAUUUAAGGUAUUACAUUAGUUCUUCUAUAUCAACCAAAGUUUCAGAUAAAUAUAAGUAUUCCCUCCACACUUUGGGUAGGCUAGGAGGCAGUCAUACUCUGAGUUGGUGGUUUUCUUCUCAAAUUUUGUGUAAAGUCUUUAAUUUAUUAAACUUUUUGGGGGGCAGGAAAGGUGAAGGGGAUAUUUUAUGUUAGCAACUUUUAAUUUUAAAUUUUAGAGAUGGAUGUACUAUUAGAUUUUUAGUUUUAAUCUUUUUAUUUUUUAAUUGUUAAUGAGCAGUGCUUCAGGUUGGUUUAAAGAUAUUCACAAUGUGUGCAGCAUAUUUGCAAGCUAUUAGCUGUAAGUACAUUUAUAGAAGUUCUAAAGAUGGGAAAUAGCCUACUGUGCUACACAGAUUUAAGUAGAGUUUGCAAGCAUCAAAUAUUGUCAGUAUUUAGAGUCAUUGGUUCAGCUGGAGACCUCUUGAAUUGAACCACAGAUCUCAUGUCAGGAAACGUCUGAGCAUAGGAGUGAAAUGCAUUUUUAUAUGUGAAAUAGUGAUGGUAAUAUGUUGUGCAAAGAAAGAGAUAAAAAUCAAAUGAAUGACAAGUACAUAAUUGCUUGGAGUUAUAACUGGAUUGGUUUAUUUCAAUGUUUUGGAGAAAAAUGAAAUCUGUAAAUAAAAAACGAAGAGUGGUAAUUCAUCUUUGUUAUGAAUGUUUAUCACA